AUGGAGACAAACAAGCUGCAGACGGAGCCCUCAGGAGGCCAGCAGUUCAGCAGGGAGGAAGCUGGAGCAGAACAGAGGCUGAGCACCGCAGAGGUGGUGACACAGAGCGGGAAGAGGAGGCUUCCAAACACCCGUGCACCGAAGCACGGCCUCCAGAGGCAGUGCAGUUCACUUGUCUUUGCCAAAAUGGCUCAACUCCUGAAUAGCAUACUCACCAUGGUCGAGGUGUUCCAGAAAAAUGCUAAAGAGAAUGGGGACUAUACUUCACUGUACAAAGAGGAGUUGAAGCAGCUGCUGUUGGCUGAGUUUGGAGACAUCCUCCAGAGACCACAUGACCCUGAGACGGUAGAUCUGAUCCUGGAACUUCUGGAUCGCGACUGUAACGGGCUUGUCGAUUUCAACGAAUUCCUCCUGUUCAUUUUCAAGGUGGCUCAGGCUUGUUAUUACGCUCUCGGCCAGGCCUCGGGGCUAGAUGAGAAGGGAACCAAGUGUGAGGGAAAGGGGAACCCGUUACAAGAUCGCAGGCAAGAAGACCAAAGGAGAUUCGAGCCCCGGGAGAGACAAUUGGAAGAAGAACGCAGGCAGAAGAGGCAGGAACAGGAGAGGGAGCUCGCUGAGGAAGAGAAGCAGAGGGAGAAGCAAGAGAGACGUGAGCAGCGGCUGCAAAGGCGAGAACAGGAAGAGCGUCUUGAGGACGAAGAGCAGCUGCAGAGGCGCAAGGGUCUGGAGCCUGAAGAGUUUCCUGACCAAAAGCAAAGGCGAGAGAGGCAGGAGCAGCGCGAGCGCCAGGAAGAAGAGCAGCUGCAAAGGCAGGAGCGGCAGGAGCUGAAGAGGGAGCGCCGCGAGGAGGAGCAACAGCAAAGGCGAGAGCGGCGAGAGCAGCGCGAGAGGGCGCUUCAGGAGGAAGAGGAGCAGCUGCUAAAACGCGAGAGGCAGCAGAGGGAGCGCCGGGAAGAGGAGCUGCUGCAGAAGCGAGAGCGCCAAGAGCUGAAGAGGGAGCGCCAGGAGGAAGAGCAGCAGCUGCAAAGGCAGAGGCGAGGGCGCGAGGAGCCCCGCUUGGAGCAGGAGAGGCGCGAGCAGGAGCUGCGCUUGGAGCAGGAGGACAGGCGUGAGCAAGAGAGGCGCGAGCAGGAGGAGAGGCGCGAGCAGGAGGAGAGGCGCGAGCAGGAGCUGGCUGAGGAGGAGGUGGAGCAGGAAGAGGCCCGCGAGCAGGGCAAGAGCCGCACCCCAAGGUGGCAGUGGCAGCUAGAAAGCGAGACUGAGGCCCGUCAAAGCAAAGUCUACUCCAGGCCCCGCAGGCAGGAGGAGCAGAGGAGCCGCCGGGAACAGGAGGAGGAGCAGACGUGGCGCCAGGAGCGCGAGGGACAACUGCGGGAGCAGGAGGAGCGCGAGCAGCGGCUGCGUCAGGUGGAGCAGGCGCGCCUGCAGGAGGAGGAGGAAAAGCAGCGCCGCGAGUUCAGAUGGCAGCGGCAGGCGGAGGAAGAGAGCGAGAGGCGCCGCCAGAGGCUGUCGGCCAGGCCCCCGUUGCGGGAGCAGCGGGAGAGGCAGCUAAGGGCGGAGGAGCGCCGGGAGCCGGAACACCUGUUCGGUGAGGAGGAGGAGGAGCAGCGCCGCCGCAGACGCGAGAGGCAGCAGCAGCAGCAGUUCCGCCAGGAGGAGAGCCUCCAAGAGAAUCGCGAGAGGAAGCGACGCCAGGAGGAGCAGCGCCGCGACCAAAAAUGGAGGUGGCAACUAGAGGAGGAAAGCCAGAGACGCCGGCACACGCUGGACGCCAAACCAGCUCUACGAGAGCAGCCGAGCGAGGAGGAGCAGCUGCAGAGGGAGAAGAGGCGCCAGGAGCGGGAGAGCCAAUAUCGGGAAGAGGAGCAGCUGCAGAGGGAAACGAGGCGCCAGCAGCCCGACAGGCAGUUUCUGGAGGAGGAGGAGCUGCAGAGCCUGGACAGGAAGCGGCAAUUCCGGGAUGAGGAUCAGCGGCGUGAGCUGAAAUGGCAGUGGCAACCAGAGAAAGAAAAUGAAGUUCGUAAUAACAGAGUUUACUCCAAACGCAGACAGAACGAAGAAAAGACCCGGCAACUGGAAGAAGCCCAGGUGCGGGAGAGACAAUUCCAGCAGGAUCGGUGGCCCCUACAGGAUGAACAGGAAGAGGAGAGAGAGCGAGAGCAAGAGAGGAGGAGCUGGCAGCAACGCGACAGGCAAUUGCUAGCCAAAGAACUGCUGGAGCGAGAAGAGCAAAACGAAGCCAAAAGGCGAGACAGGAAGUUCCGAGAGGAAGAGCAGCUGCUGAGAGAGGAAAGAGAAGAGAAAAGACGCCGUCAGGAAGAAAACGGAAAGUUCCGCCAGGAGGAACAGCAGUUGCGCCGCAGGGAACGCGAGCAACAGCUUCGCCAGGAGAGCGACAGAAAGUUCCGUGAGAAGGAACAGCUCCUGCAGGACAGGGAAGAAGAGCAGCUGCGCCGCCACGAGCGCCACAGAAAAUUCCGGGAGGAGGAACAGCUCCUGCAGGACAGGGAAGAAGAGCAGCUGCGCCGCCACGAGCGCGACAGAAAAUUCCGCGAGGAGGAACAGCUCCUGCAGGAAAGGGAAGAGCAGCUGCGCCGCCACGAGCGGGAACAACAGCUUCGUCAGGAGCGCGACAGAAAAUUCCGCGAGGAGGAACAGCUCCUGCAGGAAAGAGAAGAAGAGCAGCUGCGCCGCCAAGAGCGCGACAGAAAAUUCCGCGAGGAGGAACAGCUCCUGCAGGAAAGAGAAGAAGAGCAGCUGCGCCGCCAAGAGCGCGACAGAAAAUUCCGCGAGGAGGAACAGCUCCAGCUCCUGCAGGACAGGGAAGAGCAGCUGCGCCGCCAGGAGAGCGAGCAACAGCUUCGCCAGGAGCGCGACAGCAGGUUCCCUGAGGAGGAACAGCUCCUGCAAGAAAGGGAAGAAGAGCAGCUGCGCCGCCAGGAGCGCGAACAACAGCUUCGUCAGGAGCGCGACAGAAAGUUCCGCGAGGAGGAACAGCAGCUGCGCCGCCGGGAACUAGACAGUGCCUUCUCCCAAGAGGAACAACUGAGACGUGCAAAGCAAGAGGAAGAACAGAGACGCCAGUGGCUGGCAGACUGGAAGUUCCCAGAGGAAGAGCAGAGCCUCCAGCAGGAGCGAGAGGAAGAAAAGCGCCGCCGCCAGGAGCAGGACAGGAAGUUCCUCGAGGAAGAAGAGCAGCUGCAGCGCGAGGAGCAGGAAGAGCUGAGACGCCGGCAGCAGCGAGAGCAGCAGUACCGGGCGGAGGAGCAGUUUGCCAGGGAGGAGAAGAGGCGCCGUCAGGAUCAAGAACUGGGGCAAGAAGGGCGGAGACGCCGCCAGGAGCGGGAGAGGAAAUUCCGGGAAGAAGAACAGCUCCGCCGCCAGCAGGAGGAGGAGCAGAGGCGCCGCCAAGAGCGCGAAGUGCCGCAGAGCCGCGGCCAAGUCUGGGAGGCAGACAAGGGUCGUCGGCAGGUUCUGGAGCCCGGCAAGCGACCGUUUGCCAGUGUCCCGGUGCGCUCCAGCCCCCUCUAUGAGUACAUCCAAGAGCAGAGAUCGCAGUACCGCCCUUAAGAGCUGCUGCCAAUAUCCCGACACCUGCCAAAGCUUCUAGCAAAGGAAAAUGAGAAACACUGGGUAUCAAAUGACUCAAAUGUUUCUGGUUGUGGGAAAACUCUGAUUUUAGAAUGUGUCUUCUUUCCAAAAUCUUAAACUACACUGAUGUCUUGUACUUUGUAUUCUUGCCUUUUAUUCUUCCUCAAGUGGUUCUUUACCGCAGGAUGUCUUUACUCUUUGGUGCAGAUGUGGUGUGCAUUUUGAAAAACAUAUAAAUCAUUUAAUUUGUUUAAGGAGUUUUGUUUGGGGAACAUGUUAAUUUAUUGCUUUCAGAAAUAAAAAGAAUAAUAUGACGAUCUGAGAUUCAAAAGAAUUGUGCAUUUUUUCAAUGGUUGAUCCAUCUUGUGGAGAAUUAAGAUAUUUUUAAUGUACAAGUAGAUAUUUCUUCUUGGGCCUAAAUUGCCUUAAUAUUUACCUCCAAAUAGCCGCUCAUCUUUUGUGGCAUAAUUAUUAAAGAUUCUAGAGGGGACUGAAUUUUUACAACAACCCUUGAAUAGUGCAGGGGGAGUGACUUCUACAGAAAAACUCCUGUGAAAUCAGCCCAUAACUGGAAGAAAUAUCUGUUAAGAAUAAGGUUUAGCUUGAAGAUUUAGAACUUGAAUUAGAUUUUUUUACACUUAAUUCCAUAAACACAUAAAAUCUCAUGCAGCAAAAGCAAGAUGUUUUUCAAACAACUCCAGAGCUCAAAUUUUAAAACUGUGUGUGCUAUAGUCUGUAGUGCUCAGUUCUCUCCCCCCAGUCUUUGAUGAGUUUGAGAAUAUUACUACCUUUGUUAAUUUUAGCUGAGAGGGAACCUGCUCAGAAUCCUGUAAACAUCUGUCUUGCUCUGGGGCUGCUAAGAGAUCACAGAGAGCAUUUUGGGGGAGGGAAAGGAAAAAUUUGUGAACAGAGGAGCAAGUUCCUAGAAGCCCUUUGACAAGACCAAUCAGCCCACAAUCCUUUGAGGCCUAUUGAUACUACCUUGGAGACAUUCUUGUUGAAAUAAUUGGACUGUGUAAAAAAUUAAUAAUAAAUGUUUGGCAAGCAAUUAUUUUUGUCUGUUUUAUGCCUCAAAUCAUAACUCAAGAUCUAAUGGUCUGCAAACUGACGUAAGUUCCCAAUCACUUAAGGAUAUUUGGUUACUAUUGUCUAUGUCUAAAUAUGAAAAAGGAAAAAAAUUCCCUCUAUUUUUCCCAACCACUUUUCCCUGUUAGGGUGAGCUCUAUAUUAUUUCCAUCCCCAAGCUAGGAUUCUCUUUCCAAGUGUUUUUAUUCUUGACCUCGCAGCUUUCUGUUCCCUUUCUCGCAGUGACUCACUGGUCAUGACAAAU